AUGUCUAGGUAUGACUACUGGGAUCCAAAUUCUCAGAAAAAUGGCCAAGCUGAGGAAGGUUAUGAGAAAUCAUACAGUUACGAACCAGAGGUUGCAAAUGAGGAAGAGAAACAUCCAGAAGUGUUCAAUGAAGACCUUGGAGAUCUCAAGCUUGGAGAUACCUUACAACCAUCUUUCAUGCAACAGAGUAGAAUUGAAUGGGACAGGUCACAGUAUGAUAUCUGCAUCGUAGAAUUUAUCAAGCAAGGCUUCACUAGUUAUAAAAUCAAAGGCGUUGAUAAAAAUGGCGAGAUCGAUAUCUGCAGAAGGUACAAAGAAUUUUAUGCGCUUCGCACCGUCAUGAGGAAAAGAUGGGUCGGCUUCUACAUCCCAGGAAUUCCUCCUAAAAAACCCAUCGGGAAUAAAGGAGAUAUUGUUAUUAAAGAAAGAUGGUAUCUUUUGAAUAGAUUCUUACAAGAGGUAUCAAAAAUUCCACAUCUAUGGGAAUCAGAAGAAAUGACUAUUUUCCUCCGACCGACAAUGGAUGUAGAGAAAAGUCUUAAUUUGCUCGGCAAGUUGACAAGUGAGCAAAUUCUGGAGAGGAUUUCUACCAACUGAGGUGUAGAUUACCUUGAAGCUACCUCAACACAGAAUAAGUACAAAGAUGUCCUGAGAGAUUUUGUCACCAGCUCAAAAGAUCUUUUUAAAUUUCUAAAUACCUUCAAAGAGUAUGCUAAAAAGUUAGAGCAAAUCAGGAAAUUAAAGCUACUUGCUGAUGGAAAACUUGGUGGAUUCCUCUCAAAAUAUGAAGAGAGCACAGUAGCCCUAUAUGGGAUCAAUGAUUUCUCAAAUAACCGAGUUGUCUCAGAUACAGAUAAUGAUACUGUAAGACACACUCUAGACAGUGUUCCUAAAGGCGUUGAUAAUCCUUACAGUGUAUUUAAGCAUUGGGUGAAAGAUGAAAUAAUAGAUUUUCACGCUCUUGUCGAGGCUAUUUCUCAAAAAGACAUACUUCAAGGAAUGAAGAAUAAAUCAGAAAGCAAGAAGAGGAGCAGCCAAUCAGAAUUAGACAAGCUUAACGCUGGGAAGAAGACCUUUAGAUCCCUCUUUAAAUCUGCUUCACAGAAGGCUACUCAAAUAACGACUCUGACACAGACAAUAGCUCAAUGUGGGAUUGACAUUGAGAAUUAUGAAAAGGCCAUUGUCUUAGUAGAGAUGUACUUGGGAGAUACAGCUUUGCCAAUAUUUAAAAAGAAAAAGGUUUCAGCAUAUUACACUGUUUUAAAAGACCUAGCCGGAAAGGAACAGACAAAUUCUCAGAACCUUCUUGAAGCAUGGAAGGUUGUGUACAAUGCUUUCAAUAUGAAAUUGCAAUAAAUCUUUUCUCAAAUUCAAUAUUUU